GGUCUAACAGUCGCUGCCUACAAGAUCGCGCGAGAUCCUCCAGAGACCACCUCAACGCCGCAGCCCACACACAGGCACUGGCGCAUUCGAAACCUUCUCUCGCAGCAGGCAGAUGGAGAUGAUCGUGCCAGCCAGAGUAGUACUGGUAUUAGCUGCAGUGGUGCUGGGCUGUGCGUACCAGGCCACCCGGCCGCCGCCCCCGGCAAUAUUGGGCGCUCCGGGAGGGCCGCCGGUCACCUCCCCGAGAGUCCGGCUCAAGGACGGGAGGCACCUGGCCUACAGGGAAGCCGGAGUGGAUAGGAAGACCGCCAAGUACAAGGUCAUCUUCUUCCAUGGCUUCGCCUCCACCAAGGAGAACGAGUUCCCGGUGUCCCGAGAGAUUGCAGAGGAGCUGGGGAUAUACCUGUUGUACUUCGACAGGGCCGGGUACGGCGACAGCGACGCGAACCCGAAGCGCCGGCUGAAGAGCGACGCCACGGACGUCGAGGAACUCGCCGAUGCGCUGCACUUCGGGGACAAGUUCUACGUGGUGGGCAUCUCCAUGGGCGGCUACACGGCGUGGAGCUGCCUUAACUACAUACCUCGCAGGCUGGCCGGAGUGGCGCUGGUCGUGCCGGCGGUGAACUACUGGUGGCCGCUGCCUGUCAACGUGUCGAGAACCGCGUACGGCAAGCUCGACGUCAGAGACCGGAGGACGUUCUGGAUCGCUCAUCACAUGCCGUCGCUGUUCUACGCCUGGCUCACGCAGAAGUGGUUCCGGAUGUCGCCGAUUGUCCGGGGGGAGCCUGACGCGUUCACCGAGAAGGACUUGGAGAUCCUCACGGAGCUCCGGAGGAAGGAACGGGAGAGCGGCCUGGUGGAUCCGGCCAAAGCAACACAGCAGGGAACUUACGAAUCCCUGUGCCGCGACCUGACGAUCCUGUUCGGCACAUGGGAAUUCGAUCCCACGAAGAUCAAGAACCCGUUCCCCGACGGCGAGGGCGUCGUCAGCAUCUGGCAGGGGUACGAGGACAAGAUCGUUCGGGUGGAGAUCCAGCGCUACGUGGCGCAGAAGCUGCCGUGGAUACGGUACCACGAGCACCCCGUAGCUGGACACGCGCUCCCGAACAUGGAUGGCGUGGGGGACGAGAUCAUCAGGGAGCUCUUGCUCGGCGAGACGCCGCGAGGCCUGCAGAGCGAGCUGGAUGGCUGAACAGAAAGGAAGGCUGGGGAGGGAAACAAGUAAUAUGAUAGAAAUUUGCAUGUAGCUAAAGAAUAAACGGUGUUGGCCAAGUCAGUGCACUGAUUGCUUGACGAGUUGGGAAUUGCAUGAACUUGGUAAUUGAUGAUCUUCAGUUGAUAAACUUAGCAGUUAA